UGGCGGUGGACGAGUUAAAACCAGAAUGUUGUAAACACUACUCGUCAUUCAUCACUUAUUAAAAGCAGAUUUCGAUUAUUACAAUCACGAAAUUAUUUUUGAUAUACAUGUUGAGUAAAAAUGGCUGAAAGCCUCCGAGGUAACCUGGGCCUAAAGAGUAGCCCCCUGGCACCAACUGCAUGCAAGUUGUCCACUCAGUACUUGGUGCUAGAUCACAUGACCAACCACUACAACAAGAUCUCUAAGGCCAAAUCUGCUAUUGACUCUAAGCCACCAAAAUGUCUCAUGACAAGCCAAAAAAUGCGUGAUCGGAGGAACAGAGAGCUACUCAUUAAUAGUCCGCGUCCCCGCCAAACUCUGGCCAGGUCACAAAGUGAUCUGCAGAAAUAUCAGGAGCUCUUCAAUGAUGAACCUGAGGAUGACGAUGAAAGACUUGUCCAAUCCAUUGUCAGAUCAACUCUGAUGGAAAAAAAGGGAAGCAACAACGCUACCUAUGGAUCCCUCUCGCUGCUAGAGUCACAUGACAUGGACAACAGCGCGAUGCACAAACAGGCAGGGGACACGCGCUACAGCGCCCGACCGUCUCGCCCGACCUCCGCAAGAUCGGCUUUGUCCCUCCAGUCUGCUAGAUCAGGUCAUUCACUGACCAGUGUCACGUCUCGCGUGCCCAUCACCACGUCACGCGACCCCAGCAAAAUUACCUACCAGGGAGACCUGCUAGAUAAAAGGCCUCACCUGUUUACCGAGCCGAAAGGGGACUUCACUCCACGAACGCUGAAAGUUAACCACGAAUCGAAAUUAAAAAACUCAAAGUGGUACAACCCGCCUCGGAAGAGUGCAUCAAACAAGCAAAACAAUUCUGACGAGGCUAAAGAAAACGGAGGUCGGAGAUCCCAGCCCAGGAGUAGGAAGUCCCUGGCUUCGCAGGAUGGACAUUUUUCUAACGAGGAUAUCGGUGAGGGAGCGGAAACAGCCCAGUUUUCCGAGUCCAUGCUCAUGGACAUAACCGUACGCAGCCGAGACGGCCGUCAGACGCAGGGGGACAACCAGGUCCCGCCCCUUGCCAUCUCAAUGGACCAGGACCACAUGAACUGGCUGCAGGAGCAGGCCAGCAAGGCCCAGGUCAGGCUGGGGAAGCUCAGGUCUACCCUGCACCAGGAUGAAGAGCUGCAAGGUCACUCGGGGUCACGCAGGCAGUCUGAGAUCAACGAGGCUAUCAGGAUGGAGACUUUAAAAAGAGUCCAAAGUUUAUGUUCCGUCAGCUCCCACACCUCAGCCAACACCUGGAUCAGUCAGCGUUUAAUGGAGGAGGAUGAAGAGCAGAAAUACCUGAGUUUCGCUAAUGAAGUUGCUGAGGAUGUGAGGUCACGGGGUAUCUGUGCUGAUAGUGUUUUGCACAAAGUAUUUGAUAAUCAUAUAGAGCGUAGGAAACAUGAAUUGGAUGAGGGCCGAAUGAGAAAGGUGAUCGAGGACAUCAAGAAAGACCUGGGAUUGAGGGAGAGGUCAGCGGAGAGGCCUAAAAAUCCUCCAGUCUCCAGAGAUAGGUCAUUGGAGAGGCGCAACAAAUCCCCUGUAUCCAGUGGAAGGUCAGCAGAGAAGCGCAUCAAAUCUCCUGUGCCCAGCGAUAGACGCAACAAAUCCCCUGUGUCUAGUGAAAGGUCAGCAGAGAAACGCAGUAAAUCCCCUGCAUCAAGCUAUAGGUCAGAUCACAAUAAAUCUCCCAUCUUGAGCAGCAAGAAAAGUGUACGUAAGGAGGCCGUAGACUACGACCAUACAGCCUCCACCUCCCCCAGGAGUGAGACCGCGAGCUAUCCCACCAUGCACGAGGACAUGUCCACUCUGGAACCCUUGAACGGAACGACCAUGAACACCACACUGCAGUCGACGUCGACCAUCAAGUUUGGCGAGACAAAGGAUGUUUACAGCACGAUAAAUUCUGAACGAGGGUUUGAGGAUUUGGAUGACAAUGGCCUGACAGCCACGCAGGCGUUGGAGCAGUACCAGCUUGACCUGACGGCUAAAGACGAGCAUACCAGCUACAGCCGGAGAAGUUCCGAAGCCGGGUUAUCCGAGCACAGCCAAGCAAGUCACGUGUCGCGUCAAGCUAGACCUGCCACGGGAGAGAGACGGGAUCCAAGUUUAGAUGAAGACUCCGAGCCGAGAGCCAGGCCAUCCAAUGAAACGUUGAGCCGGACACGAAGGAGGGAGUGGUUAAAAAAAAGUAGGGAGGAACACGUGUCCUCAAGCUCCACCUCCCAGGCUGAAAUUGACAAGGACAGUCAAAGAGAAAUGAUCCGGGAUCGUAGUCUGGAUGAGGAUGCUGCAAACGAAGAUUUAUCUUCUGCGCGGAGCGUCUCUUCUUCACAAAAACCGGUCGCCAAACCUCGCGGUAGCCGCAGUGCUUCCCAGCAGUCUUCCGUCAAGCAGGACUCUAUUCAAGAUGCUAAGCUGGAAGAUACAAGACAGCACGUUGCUGAGAGCCACAAAGAGGAAAAACAUGUAAACAAAGAGGAAGCCAGUGAUGUAGAGGAAGUUGAAGAGGAGUAUGAUGAUGAUUAUGAAGAGGAGGAGGAAGAGUCUACACACAGAACAUCAGAUGAUGACUUUUAGAGGACUGUUUUGUUUUUUUUAACUCUUUUUACUUAUACAUGAUCUCACGUUGUCUGUGAUUUUUAUUCAGAAUAUUUUUUACAUGAAAGAAAUCAAAAUUUAUUUAUAAAUAAAUUAUAACUAGUCGACUAGUUAGACUAUAUUCUAAGACAAACUGGUGAUUUUAAGUAGAAUUUAUAUUUUACACAGAGCUUGUAGUUUAUACAAUAUUUAACAGAAGUCUUUGAUAUAUAUCUUGCUAUAGAGAAUCGUCCUUUACCUUUAGAGUUAUAAUAUUUGUUUUCAAUGGCAAAGAGCUUCUAACGCACUGC